AUGCUGACGAAUUUAUUUCUCUGCUGUUGUUUGUUCGUAGCCGGGUACAGUGAGGUGAAAGUGGUCGGUUCGGUGAGAUGUGGCGAAAUCAAAAUGCCAUCGCGCCCGUACGUCGGCAUGGGACACGGUAUGCAAUGGAAGAAUAUGUUCGCGAUCAAACAAGUGUCGGAAAACGGUUCGUUCGUUUUCACCGUUCCAAGCAUGCUCAGGGCUUUGUCGAUGACGGUCGUACACCAGUGCUGCAGCCAACGUCGACGGCGAUGGAAACUAAUGCUGCCUAUAAUACCCCUGACCAAGGGAACGUACGACAUUGGUUCGCUGAAUCUGGAGCCAAAGAUGCACGCCGAGGAUUUUCUAAUUGGCAUAGAGUUCAUACAUGUCGGUGCAAAACCUCACGAGGGAUGGUAUUCGGAAGGAAACACUGCCUCGUUGCUUGACAUGGACACAAACCGAAUACUACAAGAGCUGAUCACGCCUUUCGUUGGUGGACCAUUUCAGCUGACCGUCGCGCAGUAUAAUUCAAAAACCUUCUUGCCUAAGCUGAACAAUUACUACUGGAUUGGAGAACGCUAUUAUCCUAUGGAUCCUGAAAGUCUCACAGAAAGUCGCAUUGUGUGUUAUUAUGAUAUCCAGUCGAACACAAGUUUGAAGUACUUCGACGAUGAACCCGUGAAAAAGAUAGUCUUUCAGUAA